UAUAUUGGAAGCCACAUGACGAGGAAGAAGCUCCCUCAGAAGCUGGACCGGGGGCCAUAGGACAGCAGUGCUGCGGCACCGAAAACGCUGGGGGCGCUAUUGAGGCGGCCACGCUAAAGGAGACUUGAGGAGCGGUUCCGAAAAGCCCGGAGGCGGCUCGCGGUGGAGCUGAGGCAGGCGAGGAGGAAGAAAUGUGGGACGCCGGUCUCUGACUCAGCCCGGCCUCUUGAAGGCGCCAACAUACAGGGGCUCCUAAUCGAUGUCCUUGACGUCACCAUCCACCGCGGCCAAUAACUCUGAGGCGAUGGGGCGUGGUGGAGUGCGUGAGCUCCUCCUCUCUAUAUGAGCAUCAAACCCUGCGAAAUAGCGGCACAGGCUUGUAGGAAGGGACGUUGGGAGGAGCUGACUGCAGAGGGAAAACUUGGCAGGCCGACCCAUGGGGAACACUGUGGCUCGAGAGGAUUUCGAAUGGGUUUAUACGGACCAGCCGCACGCCGACCGGCGAAAAGAGAUCUUAAGUAAAUACCCAGAGAUAAAAGCCUUGAUGAAACCAGACUACAACUUGAUCUGGGUAGUUAUUCUGAUGAUGCUUGCACAGCUAGUUGCUCUUUAUCUGGUUAAAGAUUUAGACUGGAAAUGGGUUGUAUUUUGGUCAUAUGUGUUUGGCAGUUGUCUUGAUCAUUCCAUGACUCUGGCUAUUCAUGAGAUCGCUCACAACAGUGCCUUUGGCAAUUGUAAAGCUGCAUGGAAUCGAUGGUUUGGGAUGUUUGCCAAUCUCCCACUUGGUGUUCCAUACUCUGUAUCCUUCAAGAGAUAUCACAUGGAUCAUCAUCGAUAUCUUGGUGGUGAUGGAAUUGAUGUGGACAUUCCUGCUGAUUUUGAAGGAUGGUUUUUCUGUACUCGUUUUCGAAAGCUACUUUGGAUUAUUCUUCAGCCCCUCUUCUAUGCUGUUCGGCCUCUUUAUCUCAAUCCCAAACCAAUCUCUCGACUUGAAAUCAUGAACUUGUCAAUUCAGUUUCUGUUUGAUGUUAUGAUAUACUAUGUCUUUGGAGUAAAAUCACUGUUCUACCUGAUAGCAGCAACUAUACUUGGGCUAGGCUUGCAUCCCAUUUCAGGACACUUCAUAGCUGAACAUUAUAUGUUUUUAAAGGGGUAUGAAACAUAUUCCUACUAUGGGCCACUUAAUAAGCUUACAUUCAACGUUGGCUACCAUAAUGAACACCAUGACUUCCCUAAUAUUCCUGGAAAAAGCCUUCCACUGCUGAAGAAAAUGGCCUCUGAAUAUUAUGAUCACUUGCCACAGUAUAACUCCUGGCUUAAAGUGCUUUAUGAUUUUGUGAUGGAUGACACUAUCAGCCCCUAUUCACGCAUGAAAAGGCACCUGAAAGGUGAAGUGAAACAGGAGUGAAAUGAAACAGGAUUAAACUAUCACUGGGGAAAAACUGCCUCCAAAACCACCAAGAACGUAGCCUCAUAGUAGCUGGAACAAGAUAUUGUUCAGUAAAGAUACAUUCACUUGGAAUCUUGAUGUAGUCUGGAAUAUGAAUAUAUGGGUACAGUCUAGAACAAGAUCUCUGGAUUAAAAUAUUGCUGGAACAAUGAGAACAUUCCCAGCCAUUUGCUUAUUUUGUUAUAAUUAAUGUUUAAAAUAACUUGCUCUGUGCAUAAUGCUAGUAUUAAUGUUACAUAAUGUGUUUCAGUAGCUGUUCACUUGAACAUUGGUUUGUUCUUUAAACCUUGAUGUGUACAAGCAGUGUAUGUCUUUGUUUUUAUACUUGCUGUCCACAACUCAAGACUAUUGUUCUACUGACAAAACUUUAAUUUCUAAAUUAACUUCUAUUUAAAACCGCAAACUGGUUUUUAUUAGUAUAGUAGCUGAACAAACUGCCUGGCCGCAACUCCUCCUAAAUUGAGGUGUGUCUCGGCCAAUCCACGUGCUAGCAUAAUGGAUGAAUUUACAACUGUACCUAUGAAGUACAAACCCAUGGAAGCAUGCUGGUGUUCCUGUAACUUCAAAUAGACGUGUCAGGCUAUUAGAUAUAAAUGCCAGCUCUUCCAAAAGUUCUGGAAAAUGGCUCUGCCUGCCUUCUUUUCUAACUGUACAUAGGAGCUGUGACUCACCAUCCAAUUGUUGCUUAGCUUGAGAUAGGGUAGAUGUCCUGAAAUUUAGAAAUACAGUAGUAAAAUGUAAUUGUGUCCUGCUAACCAUCUUGUGCUUUCUUUGCUGGGGUAAGAGUUGGAGUGUCACUUGUUGACAGUAGAUAGCAAGUUUAUAAAAUGCAUAGAACAUCAACUGUGAGCAUGUCAAGUACAUCCUAAAAAAAGUACAAGCAAGCUGUUGUAAUAAAAAUCUUGGGCACUUGAAUAAAAAUGUUUUAAAUAAACAUUAAUAACAAA